AAAACGCUGGUCUUCGUGUUGAUGCUGCACAUCGAGGCUGUGCUUGGGCACAGCUGGAUCGACUGCCUGGACACGGAUCGCACGGUCGUCUACAACCGCGGAACUGAGUACAUCUACGGAGGAAGCAAAGCCAAUGGCAUGUGCGCUGGUUACAUGAAGAACUACGUCGGUCGAGGUGACCCUGAUGUGAACUACAAGAUGACGUUCAAGAUUCUGAUCGCCGACGUGGCGAAGAACGCAGCGAUCUGCACUACCGACGUCUGGGACUACUCGGACUGGCGUCAUCGCCUCAGUUUGACUGCCGGGGCCACCGUUUACUACGGCUACACAUCCAAUGGCCACAUUGUCAAGGAGCAAGCGGCAGGCAAGACGUUCUACGGCGUGUACUGGACUGGUGUCCCGGGUACGAGUUUGGCCACGACAUUCGACUUGGCCGCGGACAAGCUCAUCGAUGGUCAGCUGCACAACUUUGACGAUGGCAAUUGUGGUGAAGCAUACUCAGAUGAAGCCCAUACGAUUCCUUCAGGACGAUCUGGAGACGGAUACCCUUGCGUAGGCACCUUUAGCAUUCCGGUCGGAACAGCUCCUGGUGUCUACAACCUCGUUUGGUACUGGAAAUUCUACGAUGCCGAUACCAACACCUCGAUCCCGACGUCCAGUGGGAUCUAUGGUGGCGCGGCCUAUACAAGUUGUUUCCAAGUCGAAGUCACGGCCUAAUCCACUUGAGUUUCAAACGCU